UUUCCUCAUAGUGCUGGUCUGCCUUAUAUUCAGUGUGCUAUCCACGAUUGAUCAAUACUCAACUCUGGCCACGGGAACAUUAUUUUGGAUGGAAAUUGUAUUAGUGGCGUUUUUUGGAACAGAAUAUGUGGUUCGAUUGUGGUCUGCAGGGUGCCGCAGUAAAUAUGUCGGCUUUUGGGGAAGACUUCGUUUUGCUAGGAAGCCUAUUUCUAUAAUUGAUUUAAUUGUCGUCGUUGCUUCGAUGAUCGUGCUCUGUGUGGGUUCCAAACAAGUUUUUGCCACCUCUGCUAUCAGAGGCAUCCGGUUUCUGCAGAUCCUGCGCAUGCUUCAUGUGGACCGGCAAGGUGGCACGUGGAGACUGUUGGGCUCAGUCGUUUUCAUACAUAGACAAGAAUUGAUAACCACUCUGUACAUCGGCUUUCUAGGCCUGAUUUUUUCUUCUUAUUUUGUGUACCUGGCUGAAAAAGAUGCUGUGAACGGUGAUGACGAAAAUAAGUUUGUCAGCUAUGCAGAUGCCCUUUGGUGGGGAGUAGUGACUGUUACAACCAUUGGAUAUGGAGACAUUGUGCCCAAGACGUGGAUAGGAAAAACCAUUGCAUCUUGCUUCUCUGUAUUUGCCAUUUCAUUUUUUGCCCUGCCUGCGGGAAUUCUUGGUUCUGGAUUUGCUCUGAAGGUACAACAGAAACAAAGACAGAAGCACUUCAACCGACAAAUUCCAGCAGCUGCUUCUCUCAUUCAGACUGCCUGGAGAUGCUAUGCAUCAGAAAACCCAGACUCGUCUACGUGGAAAAUAUACAUAAGGAAACCUUCCAGAAAUUAUCACUUGAUGUCCCCUAGUCCUAAACCAAAGAAAAUAGGGAUUGUAUCGGUGAAAAAGAAGAAGGUUAAGUCAGAAAAAGAGAAUGGACUAAAUUCUCCUGACAGAAUGCUACCUAUCCCACAAAUCACAUAUGACCAUGUGACAGAGGACAGGAACUCUGAAAAUUUUCACCUGGAUGCAUAUGAAAAUUCUGUCCAACAGCAUUCCUGGACCUCCUUUUCCGCAGAGCAGCCAUCUUCCAGUUGUCCUCCUUCUCCAGUGAAAAAAAACUCUCCAUUUUUAGAUGCAAACACUGGAUCAUUCAUUAGGACCAACAGUUUUGCUGAUGAACUUGACCUGGAGGGUGAGACGUUGCUGACCCCAAUAACUCACAUCUCACAGUAA